AUGUCCGACACCGCUGAAGGUUUCAUGGAGAUAUCCUUUCCUACUUAUUUUCGUUGGGUUUGGCUAUGUGGCGUUAUACUCAUAACCACGUCGUUCAUCGUCCUUGCGGGUAUUCACGAGACGUUCCCUGGCUUAAUCAUAGCCUUCGGUGUAGCUCUGCUAUGGAUAGCUCUACCGGUGGUCGUUUUACUCGUGCAGAUGACGAGAAAAUACGGGUUUCGACAAGGCCUCAAGAAGCUCCGGCAGGGUCCAGCGAGCCAAACUGAUGGUAUUCACCAGAUGCCAACGCCUGAGGAUAAGAAGGCGUUCUUGGAGGCGGCCAAAAGUGCUUCUAUGGUGACGCUGGAUACCAUGGGUGCACCGCAGGACCUGUGUCCGAUAUGUCUAGAUGAGGAGGAUAUGGGAGAUCCAUUGAUAACGUUGAGGUGUGGUCAUGUAUUCCAUGAGAAGUGUAUCGAUUCGAUAUUCCGCUCCCUGCCAGAGGCCAACCCCAACUCCAUCGAGAUGUAG